AUGGAGCCGCUCCCGCCUCGACAAAAAGCGCCUAAAGACGGGCAGGGGCCCAGAGGCUGGCCUGAUUGUUACUAUACAUCUCGCGUGCUAGACUCGACGUUUCGCUACGUGAAGUUCGUAAAGAAACUACGUGCUUUAGAGGAUGAACAGCGUCGCGGCGCCGUCAACAAACUCAAGGAGGAGAAGGACAAGCAGUACAGCGACUUCUUUAUACGAUGCGAUCGCAGAUCCCUAAUAAACAACGUGGCGAGGCGUGUCGACCUCUGUUUGACGUCCUACCAAGAAGAUCUAAAGGCGAAAAGACAGAGACUAGUAGACCUUUUAACGGCCGAAGAAGAGAUGAAUAUACGCAAAUUCGUGGAACAAGCCCAGGCGGGGGCUGAAGCACUAUGGCAGGAUAAGAAGGAUCGCCUUGCCUACCUGCUGGAUAAGAGGCAGAAGGAACACGAAGAGAAAUAUAAGGAUAUACCUAUAUCAAAAUGCGUGCACGCACAUCCAUGCAUAGUAAAGUUGCGUUGUAAAGAGAUGCAAGAGGUACAAAAGAUGCAGAUUAAAGAAAACCAGGCUAAGAAAAUGUCCGAAAUUGAGAUAGAGAAGAUGUGGCACGAAGUCGCUAUGAAGGAGUCUGAAGCUUUGGCGGCUCGUUUAGAAUUGGACGCGAUCGAGCGUCGCCGACGUACUGAAGAAUGCAUCAAACACAGCGACGAACAGAUGGCCUUAAGAAAGGAACAGAGAAGGAAAGACCAGGAGCGACUUAAGGAAGAGUCCUUGAGGAUCAAAAAGAUGUUUGAGGAGAUGAGUAGGAAUGAGGAUGAGGAGUCACGCAAACUCCAAGAGAAACGUCUAGAAGAAGCCAGAGAGCGCAGUGAUAUGAUAAAAGAACGCCAAGAGACUGUAGCCAAACAGCAAGCAGAGGCCAAACUCGUCAACGAUACCUGGGACUCACUCGCCGCCGUCGGCUUGGACGAGGAGGAGAAGAAAAUGCAAUUGAAGAGGAGGAAACAGAUGGAACUAGAUAUAUGCAACAGGCGCAUUUCUAAGAUCAGACGCGACAAGGGUCAGCAGAGCAGCGAAGACGCGAAGAUUCUAGAACAGGAGGCGAAGCGACAGCAGGACGUCAUCGACCAGAGGCGGUGCGCGUAUCUUAAGUGGUCUAAGAAGAUGCAAGAGGAGGUCCGCGACGGCAUUAUACAACAAAUGAAAGACAACGCCUUAACCCGCGAACGCAAAGCGAAGGAAGACGCCGACCAAGUGGAAUACCAAAGACAAGUGUUCAAGCAAGUUGAAGCGCUCGUCAAACAUAGGGAACUUACCGAAGCUCAGGCUAGGAAGAUCUUCCAGUCUCAGCUGUUGGAGCAGAUUGAUUAUAACAAGCUGCUUAAGGAUCGAGCGCGGGCGGAAGAAUUGGAUCAGAUCAAAAAAUGCGAAAGCGCAGCUGAUGAGUACCAGUAUCAGAUCACCAAGAUAUUGUGUCGAUUAUUCUUCAGCGAAGAGAUCCAUCCAUUCAUGAAACAAAUGUACAAAGGCUUGAAGAUGCAGGAAAAAUGUCCCUGUUCCAAACCAGAUUACUGUGCGGUCGGCCCUAAGCCUAUAACUGGGGCUAAACCACAUUCGGUGCCAGUUUUGGGCCCAAAAGGUGGACCCGCGUCAAACGCACCUGUAGCGGCCAAGGUACCUAUGCCUAAAUACGACCCUGGAGUUUUGGGUCAAGAUGCACCCGCGAAAUCAGCAUCUAAAUAAUGAAUUUUAAUUAAUUCGUUAUUUGAUAAUUUUGUACAUUAUGUUUGUGGAAAUAAAAUUUUAGUUGGAAUUCGA